ACAGAAUGUAAUAAUGGGCCUCAUAUUCUUAUAAUAAAGAUCUGCACUUUUAAGACUAUUUUUUAUCACAAAAACUUCUUCCAGAUGAUGGUUUUACCACAAAUACAAUAACAACCCCCUUAUAGCAAUGUUGCAAUAUAAAGCUUAUAGAUGCCACUUAUGUGUCCAUCACACUUGUAUCGAAGUGUUUUGAGUGCAUUAUUCAGGGUCUAACUCCAAAAUUCAUGCAUUUCAAUUGUUGCUGCUCAGUUCAAUUCAAUUUCAGUUUAUUUACACAUAGAAAGAGUGUAGAAUUAUAGGAGCCUUCCUUCAGCCACCUAAAAGGUAGCAUGGAGGAGCAGGCGGAGGAAGGGCAGUGCUGCUUUAUUCUCUGUUUUUGGACUGGGGGAGGAAGCGAAGUACCUUGAAAGUUCCCACACAUGCAUCUUUUGUUGUUGUUCUACAGAUCCAUGUGCAGGUAAUUAUUAAAGAAAUGUCACAAUGUGGAUCAAAUACAGGGACAAGAAAUUGUAUAAAAUAACUGAGCCAAGUGGUUCGAAUCACAGAAAAGUAAUUCCCAUCACAAUAGCAGGUCGUGACUUUCAAGCUUUAUUUAAAGUCACUGAUAUUAUUGAAGAUCCAAGAGGUACACGUGGCAGUUCUUUCUUGCUUUAUAAGAAUCGACGCUGUUUUUUUUAAUGUUAAAGAAACAAAUCUUUAAAAAACACUAAUAGAUUUCCUUCACUCAGACCAAAUGAUAAAAUACAAUACCAAAUACAGACUGAAUCAAAGAAAAAUACGACACGAUUACAUUUUUUAAAUGCAUCAUUCUCCUCUGUGAACUCUGCAGACGCCGAGCAUCUAGCAGCCAGCAGGAGGUGGAAGAGGAGGAGGACCGUCCCUCUGUGUUGUGGUAAUGAGAGGCGUCUGACUAAGGCAGGGUUGACAGGGGCUGGGCUGAUGACAGCAUCCUCCGCCGUUCAGAGGCUCCACACCUGACCGACUCCAUCAGAGCCGCACAGAUCAUGAAGCUACCGGGUUAUCCCGACGCCACCAUUUCACACCAUGCUCCACAGACGCAUCUGCGUAAAUAUUCAACUUAAGGUGCUCGUGUUGUCCCUUUCAACUUGAUCAUUCUGUGGCCUAGCAAUGGGAUUUUAAUCAAGUGCGUGACCGAGUCGAGGGGCUUCUUGUUUUCCUGGAAAAAAAAAAAAAAAAAAAACCCGAACAGGAGCGGACUGAUCGUGCCUCGCUGUUAUUAUAACCACAGACCAGACAUGGGUGUUAUCGUGUCAAUGUUGCCAAUACCGUCUCGACCAUGGAGCAGAUCUUCCUUUUCCUCAUGAUAAAACGAUCAACUCGAUCCAGGUCAGAAGUUGCGACGCUGAGCAGGCUUCAGUCAAGCAAACAAAUGGUCCAAUCAAUAGCAGCUGGACACAGUCUGACAUAAGGAGGAUAUCAGCAACAGCCUAAUACGCUACACACCCAACCACACACACACACACACACACACGUAUAGACCAUGGCUCUGGAGAACUCCGUCUUCCCUUCCCGUCCCGACUCCCUGGCGCUCCCUGUGGAGGAGAAGGGCGAGGUGGAGGAACCUGAGGCAGGAACGAAGGCCACCACAUCCACUGGGGUCUUUAACGUAUCGGAGGAGCUGGGCCAUGUCGUUACCACACAGACUACAGCUUCCACUUCACCCCCGGCCAAGGUCAAAAGGUCGUUCCAGUCCAAGCUCGCAGAGCGGGAGGCCAAUGCCAAUCAGCACAUUAAGAAAAUCCAGGGGACUGAAAAAGAAAGGGGGCGAUUCGGAUGGGCCCGGGCUCGGCGUAAGAGGCAGCGCUACGUCGAGAAGAACGGCCGUUGCAAUGUGCAGCACGGCAACAUGCGGGAGACGUAUCGCUACCUGACUGACAUCUUCACCACGCUGGUGGACCUCAACUGGCGAUGCUCACUCUUCGUCUUUGUCAUGGCCUAUGCUGUCACGUGGCUCUUCUUUGGUGCCAUCUGGUACCUCAUUGCCUACUGUAGGGGGGAUCUAGACCAUCUGGAGGAUGAGUCGUGGACGCCAUGUGUGAACAAUGUCAAUGGUUUCAUAUCAGCCUUCCUCUUCUCCAUCGAGACAGAGACCACGAUUGGCUACGGACACCGUGUCAUCACCGAUCAGUGUCCAGUGGGCACCAUGCUGCUGCUGCUGCAGGCCAUACUAGGAUCGAUGGUUAAUGCAUUCAUGGUCGGCUGCAUGUUUGUGAAGAUCUCACAGCCUAACAAACGAGCCGAGACGCUGGUGUUCUCCAAGCACGCAGUCAUUUCUCUGAGAGACGACAAGCUCUGCCUGAUGUUCAGAGUGGGAGACCUUCGAAGUUCUCACAUUGUGGGGGCCAACAUGAGGGCCAAACUAAUCAAGUCCAAGCAGACUCAAGAGGGUGAGUUCAUCCCUUUGGACCAAACAGACAUCAGCGUGGGCUUUGAGACAGGCGAUGAUCGCCUCUUUCUUGUUUCUCCUCUGGUGAUCUCCCAUGAAAUUGACGCCCACUCACCCUUCUGGGACAUGUCGCAGGCUCAGCUGGAGAAGGAGGAUUUCGAGAUUGUGGUCAUUCUGGAAGGAAUGGUUGAGGCCACUGGGAUGACGUGUCAGGCACGGAGCUCCUACCUGACGGAGGAGGUCUUGUGGGGUCACAGGUUCAGCCCCAUGAUGUUGCUGGCAGAGGGCUUCUUUGACAUUGACUAUGGAGCCUUUCAUCAUACGUUUGAGGUAAACACGCCCUCCUGCUCGGCACGAGAGCUCGCUUUGGCCGCAGCCAGACUCGACGCUCACCUCUACUGGUCCAUUUCCAGCAGGCUGGAUGAAGAGCCCACGCUUGCCGAGCUAGCCACGAAGCAGCCAGACGGCAACGCAGCCGACAGCAAGGCAGGGGAGCCGAUCUUCACCGUCGGGGAGAUGACAGACAUCCAGGAGCAAUCAGCUUUGGGAGAGUUGAAUGGCAGCAUCACCACCGAUCAAUCUGAAACAGAGGCCUAGAACAGAGAAUGUUUACAAAGAACUUUCAGUGUGUCACCACCACAUCAGAGUUGUGUGUUAAAGACUAUUCUAAGGCAGAUGAGUAGUUCAGUAGACCCACAGGUCCCACAGUAAAUGCCAUAAUCUUGUAUUACCUUAUAAAAAUGUUUAUUUUUUAAUAUUCGUCUUUUAUUUGUUAUAAGUGUACUCUAUGUGCAUAUCUAAUUUUGUUGUAUUUGCUCUGAUCACCCUUGCCUAUAUCUACGUUAAAAUGACAAUACUAUGCUUCAGGUGGAUUUAACAACAGUCCAUGUUGUGAACAGAAAGAAUGUUGCACAGACAGUAGUUUGUCUUUUUUGGCAGACAGAUGGUGGUUUUACAGGAAAAGUUAAGUGUAUUGAUUGUUACCAUUUAAAAUAGGUACAGUGCUUAGAUGCUUUACUGUCAACUGCACAGUUUUAGAUGAGAUAGAAGUACAACUUUUUUAGAUGCAAAGAUUAAGACUUAUUGUACAUCAGUUAGGGUUGAAAUCUUACACAGUUAAUUACACAUUCUCUUUUUUUGUUGGCUAGAAACCUUUAUUUGGUGCUAGUAAGUUGUCUAGGAACACUUGUUGAACAAAAACAAAUAUAGGUGGACAUCAAUGGUGUAUUUUCUGCCUUGAUAUAAACACAAAGGGCAGCUCAAUUUAACAGCACAAAUUUAUUGACAUUACUAUCUCUACUCAACACAUUAUGGUGAAUAGAGUAUCUGAAACCUUUUUGAAAAAGGUCAACAUCCAAGCAUCUGUUAUAUAUGGUGGCUGUUUCACAAGGUUAUUGCUUUGGUAACAAUACAUCAUACAGUCCAUACUUUCCCAGAAUCUAAAGGUUACUUUCUGAAAAUUCCAGGUUUCUUUCCAGAAACUGAAAGUACAGGUUACUUUCUCAGGAUUUACCAUUCACUGCAGCUUGAUCCAUUUUAAAUAACAAAUUAGCCUAUAACGUCUAAAAAACGUUUCACAAAAGUAACCUGUAGGUUUCAGAAAGUAUCCUGUUACUUUCAGAAAGUAUCCUGUUACUUUCAGAAAGUAAAUGUAAAUUUACUGAGAAAUGUAUCUGUAUAUUUUAGAAAAUCACCCCAUAAGUUACUGAACUUGAGAUCCAGGGAAGUAACUUUUAUGCAACAGAAAACGUAACCUGCAAGUUCAAUAAAGUAACCUUUGAGUUCCAGACAGUAACUUGUAAAUUUUAGGGAGGUAAUACAGCAAAACACAAAAGUAAUCAGAAAAAUCCUGAAACUAAUCUUUGAGUAACAGGAAAGGUCUCUAUAAACUCCAGGAUAAGAAACCUGUAAAUUCCUGGAAAGUAAUCUCUAACUUCAAUAAAAGUAAUCUGAGCAGUACUGAAAAGUAAUCUGUAAAUUUCAGAAAGUAAUUUGUAAAUUUCAGAAAUGCAACCUGGACAAUAUGGAGAAGUAACCUGUAAAUUCCAGGAUAGUAAUCUAUGAGUUCUUUCAAGGUAACCUGGGUGUUCCAGAUAAAUAACCUGUAAAUCCCAGAAAAUAAUCUGUUGAGUUCCAGAAAGGUAAUCUGUACAGUACAGAAAGGUAACAUGUCAAUUCCAAAAGAGUAAUUUAUAAAUUCCAAUCAAGAAAUCUGUAUAUUCUGGAAUACCUAAGUUCCAAAAAAUAACAGGUCAGUUCCAGGAAUGUAAUUUAAAGUUGUUUAAAGCCUCCUUUAAAUUAUAGAAAUUUCUGGUAAGUUUCCUGUAGGUUCUUGAAAGUAUCCUAUAAGCUCCAGAAAGUGGACUGUAAAUUUUUGUUAAGUUCCACUGUUGAGGAUCCUUUAAGUUCUGGAAAAGUAACUUGAAAGCCUGGGAGAAUAAUGGGCUGUAUUUUGUUUUGCUGCCUUAUAUAUUUCUUUGGUUUGUCACUUGCAGCCAUGUAUAAUCUAAAAAAACAACAAUCUCCUGCUCAGUUGUGCCCAAAUUCCUGCUUCUGCUGCUGUGUAUAUAUGUACGUGGCUGUUUUUACUUGAUGUUUUUAAUAUUUAAAAUAGCCCAUCAAUUAGAAUGAAUAAACAACACUAUAUUCCACAGAA